CUUUUAUGAAUACUACGAAAUCUACGGCAACUCAAAUACCUUUCUUUUAUCCCAAUUGCUUCGGUAUGCAUUGUGUUUUCAUACAAUAGUCAUGGCCAUGAAAGCUUCCCCCGUGUCGGGGUUCACUCCAAUCUCCGAUCGGAUCUUCCUCCGCAAUGAAGAUUCCGAUUCGUCCGAGACCCCUGAAAAGUCGAACACUGAGCAACCAACCACGAUCAUCGUUUUUGGUUGGGGCGACGGUACUCCCAAGAACGUCGCCAAAUACGCAGAUGGCUAUCAUAAACUGUUUCCUCAGGCCCGGAUCUUGAUGGUCAUCUCAUCGACCUGGGAAGCCAUAUUUCAAUCACUGGAGCAACGGAUAAGAUCGAUGCUACCACUCGUAGACGUUGUAUUCCCAAGUCCGGAAGAUUAUUCGGACAAGAGGAUCAUUCUGCACGCGAUGUCAAAUACGGGGGGUAUAUACGCGGCUGCGGCAUUGCACGCGUUCCAGCACCGUCAUGGAGAAGAUAAGGUUCUUCCGCACCACUUGUGCGUAUCGGACUCCACGCCAGGCAGUAUCGUGUUCUCUACGGAGGUUGGGCGCUGGUCUCGAGCAGUAGCGCUUGGCACAGCCAGAUGGUUCCCCUGGCCGUUUGCGGUCACACAGAAGCUGUGGUGGGCAGUCUUGUAUGCCGUUCACCUGCUUGAGAGGGCUGUCGGGAGAGAGGCUUCCGGAGUCGCUAGCUGUAGGGCCUUCCUGGACCACGCUAUGGCGACGCCUAGGGCUCACAGGUUAUAUAUGUAUUCCAAGACCGACGACCUUAUCUGGUGGGAAGAUGUCGAGGCCCAGGCCGCGGCCGCGAAGAACAAAGGCUACACGACGAUCAUGGAGAUGUUUGAUAAUUCACCACAUGUGGGCCAUAUGAGGAUGCAUCCUGAUCAGUAUUGGGGUGCGAUUGAGAGUAAUUGGAAGGCUUCUGUGGCGUCGGAGGGGAGCUCGAGGAUGUAGAUUGGGAUUUUCAUGUUCGGGGAGUUAAAUAUGUGGGAAAGAUAUAUCGCCGUGGGGUAGAUAUGAUUUGAUGAAAGAAGAAAGAAUAAUGAUAAUAAUAAAUUGCAGACUCAAAAG